AUGUUGGCCGUGCGGAUCUACUUACCUACAGUUUAUACUUGUUGCAGGGUCUUUGGAAACGCGCAAGUGUGCGUCUGGCAGGCCGCAUUCAAGUUUUGCGAGCAUCAGAGCCUCGAUAAUGUACCUGACCACGGGCCAUCUGAUAGCAGCAACAUCAAUAACUGCGCGAAGGACAUCUGUAAUCCUGACAUUGACGAACUUGUCCCCGGUUUGGCAGCCGAUGGUAAUUGCAAGUGUGCUUCUCCGAUUCGGGUCCUUGUUCGUUUGAAGAGUCCGGGCUUCCGCUUCUUUGAACCGCAUCUUCGAGCUUACGAGAAGUACAUGGCUGCUGGAUUGGGAGUGUCGCAUCUUUCGGUGACCUCGUAUUCCUGGGCCGGGCAGAGACUCCUCGUGAAGCUGAGUAUAUUUCCUUCAAUGCUAGGUGAUGAUCGAAGGUUCAAUCAACCAGAGGUGAAAAGAAUCUUUCUUGCUUUCACGGAGUGGUCAAUCCCUGAUAAUGCCUUAUUUGGGCCAAGAGAGCUCCUCAGCUUCGAUCCUCCUUAUGGGAUUGCGUGGAAGAAGAGAAGGAACCUAUCUUUCAAAGUUGAAGGCGUCACAAGCUUCACAUGGGAGGAGAUGGAUAGAGCCACAGAAUCCUUUCACGAAUCUAACCAGAUUGGUCAGGGUGGCUAUGGAAAAGUUUACAGAGGAGUUCUGGACGACGGGACUGUUGUUGCUAUCAAGCGUGCUGAGGAGGCCUCUCGAAACGGAACCAAUGAGUUUCACAAUGAAAUACAGUUGCUGUCGAGACUUCAUCAUCGAAAUCUGGUUUCGCUUAUUGGCUACUAUGUGGACGACGACGAACAGGUAGGCCGGAAAUCUAGAACUGACGGCUCGAUCACUGGGUCUUCAUUGCGACAGAUGCUCGUGUAUGAAUUCAUGAGUGGAGGAACUUUACGGGAUCAUCUAUCACGUACGUUUUUCUGCAAUUGGCUUGACUUCUAUCCUUUUUUGACAUUGUCUGCUCUUACAGCGACAUUUACAAGACCGCUGAAUGUCAGGUCUCGCUUGGUUAUAGCUUUGGGCGCGGCAAGAGGCAUACUGUAUCUUCACACGGAAGCUAACCCUCCCAUUUUUCAUCGCGAUAUUAAAUCGACCAACAUUCUUUUGGACGAGAAGAACAAUCCGAAGGUUGCUGAUUUUGGCCUUUCCAAGCUUGCACCUGUUUCAGACGCUGACGGACUGUCAGGACACGUUUCAACAGUUGUGAGAGGCACACCGGUAAGUAUUAAUUUUCAAACUCAGGCUGUCUUUUACGAGCCAUUUCCAUGGUUUGAGCAGGGGUACCUGGAUCCAGAAUACUUUCUGACCCAUAAGCUGACAGACAAGAGCGACGUUUACAGCUUUGGUGUGGUGAGAUUGGCAUUCGAGGCGGGAAUGAUUCUGAACGUGGUAGAUUCCCGCAUGGGACCACUCGCUUCCGAGCUGCUAGAACGGUUCGUGCGGCUAGCGUUGGCCUGCUCGAGCGACGAGCCACAGGCUCGUCCUUCAAUGUCCGACGUCGUACGCGAUCUAGAGGCCCUUCGUCUCGCUGCAACCAGGCCUGACUCCCUAGCUGAUAGCGAGCCAGGAAGUUCUUUCAGGAGAUUGGACAGCAGUAUCGUGCUGUCGGAGAAGCUGGCGGAGAACGAUGACUCGCAGUGCAUCGGAGUGGUUCUUCCUAGAUAUUCUUUCUUUCUGCCUUUAGCCUCUUUGACAGAAAAUCUUUGGGCUCGGGAGGUCCCAGAAAAGAAACCGACUGUUCUGACAAUUUCUAACAGGAUCUUAUCCCGCAUAUUCACUGGUGAAGUCAAGCACUAG